UCAUUUUCGUUGCUUUCUCUCUUUUUCCUUUACCAGGAAGAAGAGAAAGAAGAACAAAGAAAAUUAAACGAACACAUUUUGAUUUCACUCGGAAUUUUAUUCAUUGGUUUUGUUUUAUUUGGAAUCUUACCAUCCCUCUCAAAAUUUUCUUUUCCAUAGAGAGGGAGGAGGUGUUUGUAUCUUGGAGUUAAUAGGGUGGCCUUUUCAUAAUUAUCCAUGGCUUCCUCGUUUCCAAGUAGUGUAAUUUUCUGCAUUUUCUUCUGGUUAUCCCUUUUGCUGGGUUGCCUUGCUGAUGGUGCUAAUAAGGAUCCUUCCAAGAGUGCACCUGGUUGUGACAAUCCAUACAAAUUGGUAAAGGUUGAUAAUUGGGUUAAUGGUGUCAAGGGUGAAACUUACACGGGUGUUACUGCAAGAUUCGGUGCAAUACUACCCCUUGAGGUGGAUAAAAGUGUCAAAUUGCCUGCAGUUGUGGCAAACCCAUUGACAUGCUGCUCUGCACCUUCUACCAAGUUAUCUAACUCAGUUGCCCUAGUUGCCCGUGGAGAUUGUUCCUUCAACGCAAAAGCAAAUAUUGCACAGUCAAAUGGUGCAAAAGCUUUAUUAGUGAUAAAUGACGAUGAAGGGACUAUCGAGAUGGGUUGUGACGAUGAUACCCCUGCUACAAAUAUUACCAUUCCUAUUGUGAUGGUUCCAAAGUCAACCGGUGAAAGUUUCAGGAAGGCAUUGCAGGAGGGACAAAAAGUGGAAAUUGGAUUGUGGGCACCCGAUCGUCCAGUCGUGUCUCUCUCAGUUGCAUUCUUAUGGUUGAUGGCCGUAUCGACAGUUGCUACUGCUUCACUUUGGUCAGAAAUAGCUAAAACAAAAGAUACAGAGCCGCGUUAUGACGAUUUUUCUCCAAAGAGUACUUCCAAUGGCGCAGAGGGUAAAGAGAGCACUGAGGAGAUCAUUAACAUCGAUGUGAAGAGUGCAAUCAUCUUUGUGAUAAGUGCAUCCACAUUUUUGGUUCUGCUCUUCUUCUUCAUGUCAAGCUGGUUUGUGUGGCUCUUAAUUGUACUCUUCUGCAUUGGUGGAGUUGAGGUAAAAACUCAUUUUUUACCAUCAAUAAAUGAGUUGGAAUUAGUCUUUAUUUAUCAAAAGAAAGUGAGCUUACCCUAUUUUGGGGAAACAACCAUUGUUUCCCUAAUUGUGUUGAUCUUUUGUUUAGCAUUUGCCAUUGCUUGGGCUAUCACUCGAAAGGCCUCAUUUUCAUGGAUCGGCCAAGAUGUUCUUGGCAUUUGCUUGAUGAUAUCAAUUCUACAAGUGGCAAGAUUGCCUAAUAUUAAGGUUGCUACUGUGCUUCUCUGUUGUGCAUUUGUUUAUGACAUCUUUUGGGUGUUUCUAUCACCAAUCAUAUUCCACCAAAGCGUCAUGAUCGCGGUUGCUAAAGGAAACAAUAGUGGCGGAGAAUCGAUUCCCAUGCUCCUGAGAUUUCCUCGAUUAACUGAUCCGUGGGGUGGCUACGACAUGAUCGGAUUUGGGGACAUACUUUUCCCAGGAUUGCUUGUGGGUUUUUCUCUAAGAUUUGACAAAGAAAACAAGAAGAGCGGAGCAAGUGGAUAUUUCAUGUGGUUAAUGGUUGGCUAUGCAUUUGGCCUCUUUUUCACGUACCUCGGCCUGUAUCUAAUGCAUGGCCAUGGCCAACCUGCACUACUAUACUUGGUUCCUUGUACAUUAGGGGUUUGCGUGGUGUUGGGGCUUAUCAGAGGUGAGUUGAAAGACUUGUGGAAUCAUGGGUCUACCUCUACCCCAACGGCAUCUCUUGGAGGUGCAUGAUUAAUGAAGGUGUAAUUAAACUUAAAUCGGUUUUUUGACCUAAUGUGAAUCCUAAUGUAAGAUUAGCCACUUAAGCAAAUCUUAUAGGGUGUUUUGAUAACCUUCUUGUAAGUCUAUAGUGGUGACAUUCUUUUGAGUAGACAAAUUUUUGUGUUCUUUUCUUUUUGUAUGUGUAUAUAUGUAGUAUCAAACAAAGCAAAUAGGAUGGUGAAUUUGAGACAAUGAAUGAUGAAGUGAUAUAAUUAGCACCACGAUUUGUACAAUGUCAUACUCCAACUUCAUAUUUGAU